UUUCUGGAGGAGGCUGCGCUCCCACAGCUCACGGCCCUCGCGAGAGCGGGAGGAGGUUUGAGCCUGUGGUCCCCGGGAGACCCCAGACUGGCCUGGCCAUUGUGGGAACUCAUCUCAAUGAAACCGUUUCAGAGAUCUGGGGAAAGAGAAUUCCUGGCAGAGAAAGGGGGUACCGGGCACCUAGCGGGAAACUGAGCCCAAACAAAUGAAAACAAGACCUGGAGAAGUCCUUAUUGAUUGUUUAGAUUCAAUUGAAGACACCAAAGGAAAUAAUGGGGAUAGAGGUAGACUCUUAGUAACAAAUUUAAGAAUUAUCUGGCAUUCUUUGGCAUUACCCAGAGUCAAUCUUUCUAUCGGUUACAACUGCAUAUUGAGCAUUACAACAAGGACUGCUAACUCUAAAUUACGAGGCCAAACUGAAGCUCUUUAUAUACUAACAAAAUGUAACAGUACUCGUUUUGAGUUUAUAUUUACAAAUUUGGUUCCUGGAAGUCCUAGACUUUUUACUUCUGUGAUUGCAGUACACAGAGCGUAUGAAACUUCUAAAAUGUAUCGUGAUUUUAAAUUGAGAAGUGCACUAAUUCAAAAUAAGCAACUACGAUUAUUACCACAAGAACAUGUAUAUGAUAAAGUCAAUGGAGUAUGGAAUUUAUCCAGUGAUCAGGGAAAUUUAGGAACCUUUUUUAUUACCAACGUGAGAAUCGUGUGGCAUGCAAAUAUGAAUGACAGUUUUAACGUCAGCAUACCAUAUCUACAAAUUCGUUCCAUAAAGAUUAGAGAUUCAAAAUUUGGUUUAGCUCUUGUCAUAGAAAGUUCUCAGCAGAGUGGAGGAUAUGUUCUUGGCUUUAAAAUAGAUCCUGUGGAAAAACUACAAGAAUCAGUUAAGGAAAUCAAUUCACUUCACAAAGUCUAUUCUGCCAGUCCUAUAUUUGGAGUGGAUUAUGAGAUGGAAGAAAAGCCACAGCCCCUUGAAGCUCUGACAGUUGAACAGAUUCAAGAUGAUGUAGAAAUAGACUCUGAUGAUCACACGGAUGCUUUUGUGGCUUAUUUUGCUGAUGGCAAUAAGCAACAAGAUCGUGAACCUGUAUUUUCAGAAGAACUGGGGCUUGCAAUAGAGAAAUUGAAGGAUGGAUUCACCCUACAGGGACUUUGGGAAGUAAUGAGUUGAUCUUGAGUUGAGCUGGAUUUCUAUUUAAAGAUAUCUCAAGAUUAAAGAUACUUAGUUGCCUGCUAUAAGGCAUGGAAUAGUUUUUACUUUUACAGAAAAAGCCUUUAAAAAAGAGUUUUUUAAUGAUUAAGGAAAAACUCAUUUAUCUAAGAUUUUAUUGCCACUUUUCUAAAAAUUGUAUUUAAAAUUGUAAUCAAAAUGUAUCUGGUUUGUAAAUAUGUUUAUUUUGUACCUAAUGCUUGUAAAUUAUUAGUCUGCAGAUAUUAAAUGACUGUAUCAUGUUGGGUUUAAUAAAGAAUUUAUGCAGCACCA